UUAAAAAAUGUAAGAAAAAAAACAAUUCAAAUGCAGGGUUGCUGGGAUUCAAUUUCGGGGUACUGGAUUUCCCCCCCAAAUGGGCCUUGACUUGUGUGCACUGGAUUUCGUGUAUCUUUCGCUAGUUAGCUAGUUCUGUUUGUGUAAUGAGAGGUUUUCUCCCGUUUGAUAACUGCAUGGACCCAUUUUAUGGUGCGCCUACCAGACCCAAGGCUGAGGUGGAACAGUCAUCGACUGAAGUCUGAAAACAAAAGCACAGCCCCAGCAAGCAGGAAGUGCGCUUUUGGAUUUUUGGGACGUCCAACAAUUCCUCCACUCGUGACUGAGGCAGACAGACUGGGACUUUACUGGGGACAGUCUAAAACGCUUAACAUAAAAAAAGCUCACUUAAUGUCCGAACACUGUGAUCGUUCAUCACACAAACUUGUGUGUACCUCUCUACUCAUGCCCACUUCAGCCAGUGAAAAUAUCCAAACAAAGUUGUUCUUAUUUUUAUUUUUGAAAAUUACAGUUUCAUUUCAGUCAUCUGCACGAGAACAUUCAUGGCUUUCAUGCGAAAAGAUUCUGAGUUCACUCGGGCCGAAGUAGAAGCUAUUCUGCUUGAUGUGGAGAAGUAUAAAGACUGCAUAUCACAUGAACCACCCCUGGAGCCUAAGGGGGGUGAUGUGUUCCUGUAUCAGAGUUUGCAGGGAGGCAGAUGCACUAUGGACUUAAAAUUUGAUCAAAAGAUGUGGAAACAGAAAGGGUCAAAUCUUCACAACAUUAAAAAAUAUGGCGGUAGGGUGCUGAAGCGAUACUACCACAUUAGGACAACUCAGUGUGACAAGGGAUCAGCAGAGUUUAGAAAGAAUGUAUACUGUCUUGUGCCACAAGUUGAUUGUAAAUCGGCGACAGCUUUGUAUCUGAUUCACUACCUGGGAAAUGAGAGUGUGGAUGUGCUAAAGAAACAUGGCAGUUCAAAACCUGAGAGAGUCUUCAUUUCUUCCAAAAAAGAGGUACUUGCAAAGAUCCUUCACGAGGACGAUAGGCAGGCUCCAACUAAGAUACACCAGUCCACCGUGUUUGAAACAUGCAGUGGCAAUGAGGAGCACAUGCCUGUGAAUUUCCCACAUCAUCUCAAACAGGUCCAAAAUGCAACGUGUGCUACCAGAAGUGCACAAGGAAUAUCUCACGAUGAAAUGUACAGUAUCCAUGAACUGGCUUACCAGCUUCCGGGCUUUGUCUGGUAUAUUUCUACUUUUCCAGACCUUCUGGUUUUUGCAGGGAUGCCAGAAAUGAUGGAUUUAGCGCAGAACAACUUAGAGGAAGCAGUUGAAUUCAAAUACCCUCAAAUGUUGGGCUAUGAAACAACAUUUCAGAUGGGUGACUUCUAUGUUUCAGUGCUUACUGUGAGAAACGCAUCCCUUGUGGAUGAUCCUGUGUUUCCUGUUGGUUUUAUGCUGCAUGAACGUGAAUUGAUGCAACAUCAUGAAAUGUUUCUUCAUGACAUUCUGGGGAAACUUAGAAUGGGUGAAGACAAAUUCCACAGUGUGCCCAUCGCUGUUGGCCGAGAAAAGGGAAUUGUCGAGGCCUUGAAGACGAGGUUCCCAAACAUUAGCCUUGUUUUGUGCAGGAACCGUGUCUUGCAUGACGUUGAAUACUGGGUGAAAAAGAACGGAUGCACAAGGGAUGACAUAGAGGUACUAAAAGAUCAAAUUGAGGAACUCAUUAAUUUGCGUAACAGAGAUGAGUUUGAAGCACAUUACAGCAAAUUUGCAGCCAUGUGGCCAAAGGAAUUUAUCAAAUAUUUCAACCAGCACUUGAGGGAAGACCUAUCCAACAUAGCUUUCUUUGGCACGGAACAAUUGGAUGCAUUCAAACAUAACGGUCCAACCAACAACAUCAGUGAAAGUAUGCAUAAAAUGAUUAAAUCACAAGAUGAAUGGAAGGAACUUCCAGUUAAUGCCAUGGUUCUGUCUUUCUACUACAUGCAGUCAUUCUUUUUAUCUGAGUUUCAAAGGGCUAGAUAUGGGCUGGGCAGUUACAACCUGAAGCGGGGGGUCCCUGUGCCUUUGACAGAUAUCGAUAUACCCUCAUUUGUUCCUUUGGAGGACAUUGUUGGGAAAGUCAAGGACCAUCUGAGAGAUGAGCACAGCAGAGAACACAAAAAGACAAAGCUAUCGAUGUUUCAGACCUCAUUAGCGAACACAGUAGUCAAGAUGGGGUUGGUGAGCCUGACUUCAUCUGCGGGGGUGUUUGUGGUUAAAAGCCCUUGGAAUGAGACUGUCCACGUAGUUCAGAACAACCCCGACGGGGCCGAAUGCUGCUGCCCCAGCACAGGCAAGUGUUGCCAUAUCCUGGCUGUUGAAAUGGCAACCGGGAUGAGUCUUCAUAUAAAAAGGCCAUACAAUCUGUCACAAAUGCGCAAAAGGGAUCGAGGCAGAGCAAAAACACAGACGAAAGGCCAAGCUGAGCUGGACCUGUAAAAUUAACUUUCUUGCCAUGCAAACAUUCUGUCUGGGUCCUCCAGUCAUUCGGGGUUCCGUUCCUGAAUGUUGAUUGUUGGCUGAAGUGGUCCCAUAUCAAAUUGCAAACAAAGAUCAUGAGAAAUGAGUGCUGUUCCCUUUCACCAAGAAGUGGUUUGUCGUAUAGUUAUCAUUACGGUCUUUAUUGUUGCACUACUGUUGCCAUCUUGCUUUCAAAUUGCUAAUGUACAUUCUCCAUUGCGUUGGCAAAUUAAAUAUCUCUUUCUACCAUUUUGAUUUGAUGGCUGUUUUGAUCUUGUGCCUAAGGCAUAGACCAAAAGGACCAAAAAGAAUGUCUGCCCUCUGCCCCCACGUUAUCCUGUUGUAAUAGGCCCACACCCUGGGUUCAAAAUCUUAACUUUUUAAAAUGUGAACAUCUAUUGGCCAUGAAUGGCUGACUUAGUGAACCAUUGAACCACCAUCCAUUCAAUAGUAAACGAGUAUUUUACGUCGAAAAUCUACUCACCUUUGCAGUUGGAUGGUGCCAACUUUCACUGCUUCAGCUGGCCAGAGCUUAAAACAUGAUGACUUCACUCACGGGUAUCACUUGACAAUGUCAAGGGGAUAAUUACUUCUUGACCAUGACCAAGGCAAGGAGGCUUGCCAAAAAAAUCCACGUUGAAAUGACCCCUACAGGGCUAACGUGACAUUUGGCUAAACACCUUGGUUCCAGAAUUAUAGCUACAAGGUGAAAUUCAAACUCAAAAAAAAAAAAAAAAAAAACCUCAAUCCCAUAAACGACUUAAGUAUUACAGUGAUUAUUUACCUUCCAAGUCUUCCUUUCCAGAAGAUAGCCAACGACCUUCCUCUGACCUUGUUAACAGCGACAAGCCGUCUUUUCCGCCAGCCAUCUUAACAGUGCCUGUGGUGAAGCUGAUGCGCUUCAAAAUAAUAAAAGUGGAGAUAUUGUAUAGCACCACUAAUUUCCACCAUUUCCAGACAUCCCUCCCCAUAAAAACUCAAUUCAGGAUGGUAGGCCACCCCUGUGCCCGCAAAAACGAAAUUGUAAGAUUAAAAUAUGUUCAUGUUUAUCUCUCAUGUGCCGCAGCAUACCAUGUUGUCACCUUCCUCUGAUCUUAAAUUGACAGCUAACAACUGUCUUUCCACCUGCCAAUUUAGCAGGAUGUUGGGCAACGCUGACCUGCUUCCAAACUAGUGGUGGGGAACAAUGUCCACCAGUGGGGGGGAAAAGAAAAAAAAAAAUCUAAUAUGUGCCUAUAGAAAGCAAAAACCUGAAUUCAAUGAGCAUCUUUAAUUAAGUGACACUAAACUUUUUUUACGACAUGUUUUAGACUGUCCCCUCUCCUUGGAGUGAACAUUCAAAGCUUUUGUCGUCUCGAAAGAUCCUUUUAUGCUGCCGUGUAGUCACGGCAUCUGUCGCGAGAGUGUGCAGCAGUGGUGGGAGGAGAAAGGAGACCAGUCAUGUCGGGUCUGUAAGCUGUGCCUUCAAAAUUGUGUGGGGCCUUGUCACAAGCCUCAGUGGAGUCAUAGGCCAUCUGCAGAUUGAACAAGAAGAACGUGAACCUCUUCUUUUCGGACCACCAGGAGCUUGUGUGUCUCAUCCGCAGAGAUACAAAAUCCACGGCGGCCGCAAAUUCCGUGCCCUCGAUGAAGCUGCUUGAGAUUGCAGAGCGAAACUCUAAGAAGGGCUGCAGGACUUGGCGGAAGACCUGGAAGAUUAUAAAUGGACUAGAAAUGACUGCAUUAUACGAGCAGAUUUCAUCACGGUCCAGAAAGACGAGGUUGAAAGCAAUUUUGAGGAGUUUCGUCAUUUUCUGCAGGUUGAGGAGGAGGCCACCUUGUCUGCUGGGAGGAAGGAAGAGCAGAAGAAGGGUUGGAUGAUGAAGAAGAGGAUUAAGGGUCUCAACAGGGACAUGGCUGCUCUCUCAGACUUGAUCACACGCACAGAGGAGCAGCUGACAUCUGACCAUGUUUCCUUCAUGAAGACCCACCUGGUUGCACUGACCAGAAUCCAAAUGCUGCCUGACAAACCCAAGGCGGCCCCGGGAGCUGCUAGAUGAAGCCAAACGUGGGCAACCUCACCGUGUGGAAAUGAAUGACGGAGAAGUCAACAUGAACGAAGUCACGUGACCACCUCCUGUCCCGACAGCCCGGUGGCCCGCGUACCACCAACACCGCCUCUCUCUCCGAUCCGGUUCUCCAUCCACCCUUAAGGAAUUUAUGAGCUGCACUCAGCGCUUCACCUUGCGGCAGAACGCAUGAAAGGCUAAUGGAUCACACACAGCAGAAACCACCCAUUGCACUUCCUCGUGGUCCCAACGUGCAACCUGGACGCUGUGCACUAACCACAGCAGGUCCACAGCCACUUCAAGGACCCCCUGUCAUUGGAUCAUCUGGGACUGCGCAGGACAACCAGCCUGCACUCAAACCUCCCGCAGCGAGAGACCAAAUGCAAAUCAAGUCCGGGUCGGCCCCUGUGUCGUUGGCCGGCAUAAGCCGACCGAGACCCGGCGCCCUCGGGACGAAACCUGCUCCUCGACCCACCAGGGUCCCGACCAAGGAUAUAGAUUUGAUCCCGGUUUGCAUCCCGGGACCUCGGAGUGCCCACAUCCUUCCUCGUUCCCCAUUAGAGUCCUCGGUCUCUCCUCACAGUCCUCAGGCCUCCCUGAGCCCAAAUUAUAGUGUCAGUCCUCAACCAGCUGUCAAUACAACGCAAGCGCAGUGUGACAAGACCAGUGGCGAUAACAAUGACUUCAGGGUCCACAUCGCCACAUGGAACGUGGGCUCGGCCGUCCCGCCGGAUGAUGUCAGCGAUCUGUUUGGACCCAGUGUGUCAGAUGGGAGUGUUGACAUGUUUGUCAUUGGGCUCCAGGAGGUGAACUCCAUGAUCAACAAGCGGCUGAAGGAUGCGCUUUUCUCAGACCAGUGGAGUGAGCUCUGCAUGGACACGCUCAGUCCCUUUGGAUAUGUCCUGGUGGCGUCCCAGCGGAUGCAGGGCGUUCUUCUGCUGGUCUUCUCCAAAUUUGUCCAUCUCCCGUUCCUCCGAGGCGUGCAGACACAGAGCACUCGUACAGGACUCGGCGGAUGUUGGGGUAACAAAGGUGGCGUGAGUGCAAGGAUGACCGUGUUCGGACACCCCGUGUGCUUCCUCAACUGUCACCUGCCCGCUCACAUGAGGAACCUGGAGCAGAGGAUGGAGGACUUUGAGAGCAUCCUGCAGCAGCAGCAGUUUGAAGGAGGGGCUGCGACCGGGAUGCUGGAUCAUGAUGUCGUGUUUUGGUUUGGAGAUUUAAAUUUCCGAAUUGAAGAUUAUGACAUUCAUGUGGUGAAAUGUGCAAUUGACAGCAAUAAGCUCCCGCUACUAUGGGAGAGAGAUCAGCUCAAUAUGGCUAAAAGCACUGAAUCCAUCCUGGAAGGCUUCUUGGAGGGUCCUCUCAAAUUCCCACCCACGUACAAGUUUGAUGUGGGCACACAUACAUAUGACACAAGCGCUAAAAAGAGGAAGCCCGCAUGGACCGAUCGCAUCCUCUGGCGCCUCCGCCGCACCGGCUCCCCUGUUCCUACCCACAAUGCAGCACUCCAGAGGGGUCUGACCUCAUGGCUGGGUGGCGCAACCAAAGUGACACAGCAUGCAUACAAGAGCCACAUGGGCUUCACCAUCAGUGAUCAUAAGCCCGUGUCGGCCCUGUUUUCCCUGCAUUUCCCCUUCAGGGUGGACAUGCCUCUAGUGGAGCUGCAGGCCAACAAGGAAUGGUUCAAAGUUUCCGACGCCACAGUCAAGUUCACCUUUUCGUCCAAUUAUCAUCGCAGCUCAUGGGACUGGGUAGCCAUAUACAAGGUUGGAUUCAGACACCACAAAGAUUACCAAGCAUAUGUGUGGGCCAAAGGGGAGCACGCAGGACAGGUGUCUUUUUCGGAGGAGGACUUGCCAAGAGAUGAUUGUGAAUACAUCCUGGGCUUCUACAGUAAUAAUAUGAACAGCAUUGUUGGAUUGUCAACAAACAUCCAGAUUAAGCUUCCAAUCCACAGUCCGUCAGCACACCGCUCCGAUAGCUCUGAGGUAAGUUCGGAAGACGACAGCACCCUGGUCCUGCUGGCUGCGAACUCCCGCAGUCCGAGCCCUAAACCCAUUAAGCAUCAUCACUGCCGCCACCGUCGUAGCCGCAGCCCCGCCGUCCCGGCUCUCUCGUCCAACCCCCUCCCCUCCCUGCAGAGCCUCAGCCUUUGUCCCCUGCCCAAAGAGACAGGCAGCCGCUCCCCUGGCUCCCGCUCCAAAAAGGAACGACUGUUUUCCACCGGGUCUCUGUCGUCUCCGGCCGUCAGCCCGCUCAGUCCCCGGAGCCCUGUGUCUCCGGGCGGAGGCGUCACGGCACCGGAGGCCCUGAUUGCCGCCAUGUUAGGGGAGCACAGGCCUGCUCAGGUUAGCCCCACGGGGCUCAAACAGCUUGGACAUGCAGGGGGAAACAACACUUCAUAGAGGAGAUGGACCCUGAACUAUGUCAUGACUCGUGUGUGUGCAACCCUGCAAUUCUCUAUUUCCAAAGCAUCUUACACUGUGUUUAUCCGGGAGUCACAUCCCAAUGACAAGUGCUUUUAUAGACUCACAAACUCCAAUGUGUAGAAACACACAUAUUGAAUGUGAAGCCAAACAUGCAGACAGUCAAAAUAUGGAUUGACUUUAUUGAUGUGCGUGUUGGAGAUGAUGCGUGUGUUGGCCUUUGUCAUGAAACAAAUGCUAGAAAUUUGCAAUCGGGAUUAAGUGAUAGUUUCAAAUUGAACUGGAGUUCCUGGUCAUUAUUCCUAGCAUUAUCGAAUUUAACAUUUAAUGAAUUGCGACUUGAGUCACUGACCGAAUAUAUAGUGGUUUACUCACCUGAUUUCCAUGCAGGUAGCGUGGGUUCAAUUCCCACUCAGCGACGAGGUGAAUGUGAGUGUUGUCUACCUCUAUAUGUGCUCUGUGAUUAACAGGCCACCACUCCGAGGUGUACACCGCCUUUCAUAUCAAAUGUAUUUUUAUUCAUUUAAUUUUUUUUUUAUUUACGUCAUUAAAUAUUUGGUUAAUUGAUUUAUUGUGAAUAAUAAAAGACAAAAUAUUUGUUAAAUAAACAAUAUUACAUAUACAUUCAGACGUUUUUGUUUAAUUCAAUAUUUGGUUAUUAUAAUUAAAUUCAUUGUAAAUUUCAAAAUAUUAUUACAAUAUCUAUAUUUUUUACACAUUUUACAUACAAAUUCAACCGUUUUUGUUUUUUAUUUUAUUUUUUACCUCAUGCACUAAUGAUCUGGCCCAUCUGUCCAUUUUAGAAAUGUGGCCCCUUGAGCACGAAAGUUUGCCCAUUCGACCAAAUAUUGGAACCCUGUCCUAUAGAACUCAGUGAUUGGAUGUCAAACCAAAUGUUUUUUUUGUGUGGUUUGCUUCAAAAAUCUACAUUUGUUUGCAUUCUUCUUGGCUGUGUGUGUGUGCUAAUAA